GCUGAGCUGACUCGUGCUCGUGCAGUAUUUUGAACCACUGCGUAACCAAUAAUAAUGAAACGCGUUAUUUACCAUUGAUUAAUCAACAUUUCACACGCCAUAUAACACCGGCACCAACACCGGUAUAGACUACCACCCCUGUCUACGUAAUACUCGUGUAAAAUUCACACAUAGAUACCUGCGAACCCUCCCGAAUAAAAAGAAGAAAACAUCGAUAUGGUACAGAUAUUAUGGGCAUGAUAAGACACCCACAGCCAGCUACGCAUACUACGUCGAAAACGGACGACGAUGGAAAGCUGAGGAAAUUCGAGGAUGUGGCCAAAUGCGUCGUACAGAAUGUAAAAACAUCUUAUAUGAUUAAAGAUCGAAUUAUGUACGCUCGCAGUCAGCAAAGACCCCACAGGCCGCCGAUUUGCGGAGGGCAGCCGAUCACCCCUGAGAUAGCAACGGCAUUAAGAGUCUUAGUAUUUGGCGGUUGUGCUACUCCACCUCGAGGAGAAUGGCUGAGAACUGGAUUAGUAUUCAGGGAAUCUGAGAAAGAUCUCGCAUACGGGUUACGUGCUCCGAGAAAUGGAACUAGAGGAUUACUAUCCGCAUUGCAGGCGUAUAUCUUGAAGUAUUUACUAUUCGAAAGGAAAAAUGAGAGGAAACUAAGUGCAGACGAACUAUUAAAACCGAACAAAUGUGAUCAAACUGACGCACUGUGGAAAGCAUUAAGCGAUAUUUUAUGGAAAAUAGGCGAAAAGAAAAAAGCUGUGAUUGCUCUGCCCCAAGAAAAAGCCUACGUACCACAUUCCAUCGCCUAUUUUCAAGACUCAGUCACCGAAAAGCUGCAUAUUUUCGAAAUUUCGGAAGAAGAAGAGUUACAAAUUUUUCUCAAACGGUAUAUCUAUAUUUUUCAAGACGAACCAGGACCAGGUUCACUAUUGCUACUUUACAGCGCUGUGUUGACGCGUGGAAUCAAAAAAGUAAAAAGCGACUUCAUCGAUGAAAAGCAACAUUUGGUGAUGAGUUCCGAAGAAGGUAGCCAAUGCAUUGUAAUGUUAUUACUCACAGGAAGAGCCAGUUCGUUCCUCCAUAACGGUGUGGUUUACGUGGGCGAUGAAGACCAUUACGCCAAGGCUCAUUUCGGAGUGUUGACCAGAAGCGAAAUAGGAUUCUUGUUUUAUGAAGAAGAUAUGGGCGAACGAGCUCCUGGGUCUAGACUGAAGACUCCCUCGUUGCCCAUUUGGGUUGUGUACUGUUUGGGUCAUUUUGGCGUCAUAUUUAAUACGAAUAAAGAACUUUUGAGAAAUUAUCACGCUGAGAGAAGGUUUGAAUUAAUAUAUUACACGUGUGGUGGAAGCCGAUGUCAGCUAAUUGUUGAUACGAGAAGUAAUUCGUUAGGGUCUUCGAAAUUGGAUGAAAAUGCUCCGACCAUGAUGGUGAAUUUGGAGAAAUUAAUUCAUACGAAAUGGGAAGACGCUCACAUCGAAUGGAACGGAUCGACUAAUGUAAUUUAAAGAAUUACCGAGAGCACACAGAAAACAGCAUCUUUCAGUUUGUUUUUUAAUUCUUGAUAACCAGACGAAAAAUUGAUUCGGAUGAAAAAUUGAUAGAUUGUUGCGUAUGCUGCGAGGAUUUUCUUUCCUUUUCUUUUCUUCUUUGUUUCGUAUAAUUUUUUUCCUCUUUUGUUAAAACGGGUUCCACUUGGAAUAUUGUUCAAGCCUGGAGGUUCUUUUCCCUCGAUGACGAAUAGUUUGACUGAACUUUUUAAUGUGUAGAAUAUUAUUCGUAGUUUUAAAUUCAGAUCUAUGCUUGGGGAAAUAUAUUGCAUUUUAUUUUUGGUCGAUGUUUGAAGAUAUUUUGGUGAGCAAGUAGGUAUCUUAAAAUGUAAAUGUAAGUACUGGCACGUUUAAGAUUCAGGUACCUAUCAAAAAUCUGAUAGAAAUGGUCAAAUUUGAGAAUUUUAUAAUCUUAUGAUAAAGAAUACAGAUUGUCAAAUAAAUUAAGUAUAGGUACCUGUUAAAGAAAAAAAAAAUGUGUUUGUUCAUGUCUAUUAAAUAUAAGUAUUUAUUCUGCAUGUUAAAUUAUUGCAAUGCAAACAUGAUAAGAAUAUAAUUUCAAUGUGUA